CUGACUUCUCUUCGUCAGAGUCACAGAGCGGUGCGAGUGCGGAGCUUGAUAGGGAUCAAAUCAUAUGAAAGUUCCAUCUGCAUCUAAUAUGUUUCAAAUUUCACAAUAUGGCUAUGGCGUUUUUGUGUUGGUGGUUUAUUUUUUUGUGUUGGUGGUUUAUAAAGCAUCAUCUUCCCAACCUGAUUGUAUUGGUAUUUGUGAGUCCCGAGGAAAGGAUGCAACAGAGAAGCCACUUUGUUUGGAUGAAAAAUGGCAUGAAUGCUUCUGCACUUAUCAAAUUUCCAGUCUUACACGGACGUGUACUUUAAUAAUGGAAAUAAGUCAUAUCCAGCAGUGCAUCGAUUUAUACUCAAGACAGGUGUCAUUUUCAUUCACAUGGAACACAACCUGCAAACUUCCUAACUUGUCGUCUGGAUUUUCAGGUAAUUCUGAUACAGCAAAGUGCCAUUUCUCGAACCUUGAUGUCCAGCUGCUGAAAACACUAUUACAAAUCUGAGUAACACAUUUGCAUUAAUUUAUUUCAACUUCGUUCAGGUUAUUCUCAAAUGUUUGAAACAAACAUGGCCCAUUUGCCCCGAGAGGAAUCGUGUGUAGAUGAUCUAGUCUUCUACUGUCAUUAACCAAAAUAAAGCAUGUGUUUUUACUCAGUGUAUGUUGAUUUGACCAAUAGCCUGGACUCUGUUCUCUACUUACAGAUUGCGCCAUCAACAUCAAGCUGCCAUAUGUUGACAACUGCAAAGACAGACCUCAAAUAAAAUGUGUGGAUCAAUUGACCUUUAUUAAAAUUACAAAUCAGUCCACUACUGGUCAGGCAACUACUAUUAGAAUUGAAAAUAAAGUCACAACCAAAACCUCACACAUUGCGAGAGAAUGUGAUUCUGAAAACAUUGGACUGACUUAUGCAAAUAAUAACCUGAUCUCUGUUGAUGCAUUUGUCAGAAAAUGCAUAAGAAAUGCAAAAAAAAUAAUGAAUGGUCAGCAGUUAUGUUCCAUAAAAAACAUAUUUCAGAACAUUACCAAGCAGGGACCUCAGAAAGUGAUCCUCGACAGCAUCAAAGGUUCAGUGACAUCACAUCAGAAGAACAAUUUGCUAAAGUUUAGAAUGGCUCUACCCUCCACCAAUAAUGCCACGUUGGAGAAGAUGGAUGACAUUUGGUUGGAGAUUCCUACUGAGGCUUUGAAUGCUAUUCUGGGAGACAUGAAACAGGAAGUUAACCUGGGAGCAUUUUGGUUUGAGAAUGACAGCCUGUUCCCGGUGGAGGAGAACAACACUGAGCUCCUAAACAGUCGAGUGGUAUCCAUCGAUGUGGGAGAGGACAUCUCAGGCCUCAGUAACUAUUUUAAGAUCACGUUCCUCUUCCAGAAUGCAUCAGUGGAAAACAAAUCACUAGCAUGUGUGUUCUGGGAUCUUGAAAAUGAUACUGUUGCACAUUGGAAUUCCGCUGGAUGUGUCACUGAGACAAAGGAAAAUGAAACAAUGUGCUCUUGUAACCACCUUUCAUUCUUCGCUGUACUUAUGUCUCCGGUCAGUGGCUCCAGUGCCAGUCUGAGCUCCUCCUCUGUGUGGUUGCUGACGUUGUUGUCCAGGGUGGGCUGUGGAAUAUCCCUCUGUUUCCUGUGUCUGGCUCUCCUCAUCCACCUCAGAAGGGGAAAAUCUGAUGAUUCCCUGUGCAUCCACAUCCACCUGUGUGUGGCGCUGCUGUGCCUCAACCUAACCUUCCUCAUCAACGACAGCCUAGCCUCUCUUGGUGUCCAUGGCCUGUGUGUUGCUACGGCAGCAGCCACCCACUACUCCCUGCUAUGCACCCUCACCUGGUUCUCCCUGGAAGGCUUCCACCUCUAUCUGCUCAUCAUCCGGGUCUUCAACAUCCACGUCAACAGAUACCUCCUCAAACUGGGCCUGGUAGGAUGGGGUGAGUGCAGAAUACCUGGCAUAGUAGUUACCAUAAUUGUUGCUUGUGGCAAAUAUGGAGAAUACAGAAUAUACCAGCAAGACGGUGGUGCUAUUCAAAUGUGCUGGCUGACUGACUCCGCUCUGAACACGGUGUCCUUCUCGUACUUCGUGCUGACAUUCGCGGUGAACAUGCUGUGUUUUGGGUCUGUGACAGUGAAGGUGGUGAGGGCCCACCGUCAGAGUCCUGUCCUGAGGGAGAGGGGUAUGAACAGGGGGACAGUACUCAGUCUGCUGGGUCUGGCCUGGCUCCUGGGGGUCUCCUGGGGGGUCCUGCUCUUCCAGUUUGGCCCCCUGAGGGAGACAGCCUUCUACAUCUUCUGCACCAUCAACUCUCUCCAUGGCCUCUUCCUCUUUCUACGCUAUUGGGCUUUAACUCGGCCAGAGAAGGCAUCUAUCUCCAUGGCAACCACUGUAUCUUCUUGAACUGAGAUGCAUCCAGCUGAGAGGCCAGUCCCUGACUAACACGGUUAAACCUUCUACUACUAAUACCACUGCUUCCAUUUUAUUACAUAAGUACAAUAUUUAGUAUGUUGGUUUAUAACUUUCACUAUAGGCAAACCUAAACAUACAUUAUAAAUCGUAAUUGUUUCCAGGUUUGCUCGUAAGCUUACUUUGCUCAUAAUACUUUUUUUAAACUUUUCAAAGUUGUGCUGUUUAUUGCACUUUGUGUGCAUUUUGCUGUAUGACCCACCUUCCAUGCAUAUUCAGUUUUGAUGUGUAUAGUCCAAGGCAAACAUCUAUUAGGUUCAAGUGAUUUUCAUCUAUGAAAAUAAUCAAAAAAGUUUGGAUACCCAAUCGAUCACUCACCGUCGUACACGAGGGUAAGAUGAUGUAGUCAACUAUGAAUUGGUGCCUUUCUGUGUCUUUGACUGUUAUCAAAAACCCUCUGAAAGAUAUGCUCUUUUUUUAGUCCAUCUAACAUUUUGGAGAAUUUUAAUUCCCUUUUGGUUUUUGCAGAAAAGGCGUACAGUAUAUAACCUCCUAGCCUAUGGGCUACCUGAGAGAACAUUAGGCCUACAAGUAGAUAGUACCUUAGCAUAACACCAUAUUUGCAGGGAUAGAAAAUCAAUGUUUAGAAAUGAACAUUUUUAGAUUGUGUAAACCUUUUCUUUGUGUAAAUAACUACCUCUUCUGCACAUGCUGUUUUUGUUCUCCUUUUACUUUGUGAUCAUAUUGUUUUGUAUUUUCUUGUGUGCCAUUUAAAAAAAAAGGAAAUAGAUAUCC